GAAUUCAUAAACACACUCGCUGGAGUAACCGGAAUUGUGGACUUUGUAGAUCGUCAAGACACAUGGAAGAGGGACAUACAGCCCCCAAUGUACGUCGACCUCGAAGGAGAGAACCUCGGUAGGAACGGGAGCAUCUCUUUGAUGACGGUGCUUGUCUAUCCCGGAGAAGGCCUUGAACACAUCUACGUGAUCGACAUUUAUACCCUGGGUCGCGCAGCUUUUGAUGCCGUUGGUGAGCGUGGCAAGAGUUUAAAGAACAUCUUGGAAGCACCAGAGAUUUUAAAGGUAUUCUUUGACGUCCGGAAUGAUUCAGAUGCGCUCUUCUUCCUUUACGGGGUGAAUCUGAGGGGUGUCCGCGACUUGCAGCUCAUGGACAGUGCGUCUCGACCAAACGCAGAGAACCGGAAAUUCGUUUCCGGAUUGGCCAAGUGCAUGGAGUUCGUCCCUCUCACCGGCGCGCAAAAAGCCGAAUGGAAUCUCUGCAAGGACCAAGGAGACCGUCUAUGGAACCCGGAAAAGGGCGGUUCAUACAGCGUCUUCAACACACGUCCGCUCCCCGCCGAGAUCCUGCGAUACUGCGCCGGCGACGUGGCAUAUCUGCCAGCCAUGUACAAGAAAUACGCCUCCCAGACGAACCGGUGGCGGGAUUUCGUGGUGGAAGCCUCGCGGAAGCGAGUUGCAGAGUCGCAGGCCGCGGGAUAUCAGCCUCAGGGUAGGGACCGGGCGCUGAGCCCU